AUGUCAUUCCUACAUGAGCACAUGUACAUUUUCUAUUAUCGAACCGAUGAUAUAACCAACGAGCUCCAGGAUUUAUUCUUUGCUCAUCCAGACUCGUUAGAAAUACUACGUGCAUUCCCACAUGUUUUAUUAAUGGACGCAACAUACAAGACGAAUAGGUUCAGGAUGCCUUUUCUUGAGAUUGUUGGGGAGGACAAUUAUACAUGGGCUUUAAGGUGUUUGCAGUCAACAAUAGAGGAAAGCAUUGUCCCAAGAGUUAUUGUCACCGAUAGAGAGUUGGCGCUGAUGAAAUCAUGUGCUCUGGUAUUUCCUGAUGCAAAGAAACUACUCUGUAGAUGGCACAUAUAUAGGAGUGUUUUGGCGAACUGUAAAAGAUUAUUUCAAGACAAGGAAUCAUGGGAUGCAUUCUACUCCCCAUGGAAUACGUUGGUGGAGUCUGAAAAUGAGAUUGCAUACGUGUACAAUUUGGCGCACCUAGAGGUAAUCCUACAAAACUAUGCAUUUGUAGUUAAUUACAUUAAAGAUGUAUGGUUGACACCAUAUAAGGAGAUGUUUGUCUCUGCUUGGACAAAUACGUAUUUGCAUUUCGGGAACUUGAUCACUAAUAGGGUCGAGAAUCAGUUCAGAGAAUUACGUGGUUUUGUUUCAAUUGAUACGUUGAAUCUGAUUUACAACGAAUUUGAGCAAUCUAAAGUUGUCAGAGAAGAUUCGUACGCCUGUGGAUGUAAACAUCGUACAAUCUAUGGACUACCGUGUACGCACGAGCUUUCAAUAUACAUAAAUGAUAGUCAACCUAUACCACUUGCUUCAAUCGAUGCAUUCUGGAAGAAACUUGACCUAUCGCCAUGUGUUUCUCUUAGAGAUGAUGACAUCGAUUGUACUGUUGAGCUACAAAUGUUUGCAGAACAAUUUAAGCGUCACUCACGACCAGGAAAGUUCAGUCUACUGCGGAAGAUCAGGGAGAUAAUUAAACCCUCAACUACUAUAGUACAAGAUCCAGUUGUUUUGAAAAGUACACAUGGACGUCCCUCUUCGAAGAAAAAAGCAGAAUUACAUACUCAUUGUAAUCCUAUCACACCCGACUCUAUAGAACACGAUUUUCUUCAAUCAUACCAACAAAGUAGACAUAGUAUUUCAAUGGGACGUCAAUCCUCGAAGAAAAAGGCAGGUAAAGUAACUCAUACAGAACCAGGGAGACACAGUUGCUCAUCCCUCUACGGUACUCCACCACUCCCUACACAAAAGAGUUCCAGAUCAAGUAACGUUACGCAUGAACAUAUUUAUGUUCAUCAGUUUCCCCCAAUAUUACAUCCUUACAUUGGGUCUGUACAAGAUGUAAUACCUGAUGGAAAUUACGGCUUUUGGGCAAUAGUUGUUUGUCUUGGUUUUGGCAAACAUGCAUGGGAUACUGUCCGUCAUGACUUGAUAGAGCAUGCAUUGGGUGUUCACAACUCACUGAACUUCUUUGAACUAGAUAGAGCAGCACCAGUUCAACAUUGGAUGACAAUGCCAAACAUGGGUCUCUUGAUUGCUUCGAGGUACAAUGUCAUACUACACGUUCUUAGUUUUGCACAGAGCUUCACGUAUUUACCAUUGCGAUCAACUCCUCCACCGCAGUAUCAGCAUCUAGCUAUCGCUAUCGGACACGUUAAUUAUAAUCACUACGUCCAGGUUUCCUUAGCUGGGGGUUUCCCGAUGCCUACCAUUAUGCCUCAGUGGAAUUACUUUAGGUAUGAGUGCGCAGCUGCAUGGGUUUUACCAUAUAUGGAACAACUUGAUGUAUACAUGCAUCAUACUCGUUCUAGGUUUCCUCCUGAAACUAUUGUGGUAGAAGAUUAG